UAGCGAGGCGGGGUUUAGGCGGGGUCGAUACGAUACGGUUUGGUACAGUAAGUGCGGGUAUCGAACUAUAUCAAAAAGUUUAUAUCAGUGGUGGAGACCCAGCGGCAGCGCGGUGUGUAUAUUCGGGUUUUAAUACGCGACCGAUGAAAAUCAUCAUCAUCCACCGGUGACGACGGCGAGGCUGGUGCGCGCUCGAUGAAUUAUUUCGAGUAUACAACCGUCGUCCUACCGUUUGAGAGGCGUCGCUCGGUUUUGGCGCUUAUUCGCUCUUUAAAUCCCGUGUGCUGAGACGUGAGCCAGUGCUGCAGAAGCCACGAUGGUGCGGCGGUACGUCGAGGGUUCUUUGGAUCGGGCCUUGAGGCAGUCGGCGGCGUUGCCGCACCUACCGUUCCUAGCAUAACAAGUAUUCCGAGACCAGUGAGCGAGCGAGCCAACGAGUGAAGUUCCAAGCGAACGCGAGCGCUCUACGUCGUUGCCACAUCUACCCCGAGGAGCUUACGGCUCGGGCUUACUGAUUUUUCUGCGCUGGAGUAAACGAGAUGGCCGUGGCCGACGGGACGAGGAAACCAUUGGUCAAAGAUUUACACGACCACAUCGUGUGCCCGCUGUGUCGCGGGUAUCUGAUAGAUGCGACUACGCUGGUCGAAUGUCUGCAUUCCUUUUGCAGGGGUUGCAUCGUUCGCCGUCUUGGUAGCGGUGCUCGGGCCUGUCCGGUCUGCGGCGCGCUGACGCUUCCGCCUCUGUUGCCGGACCUGGCCCUGCAGCAUCUCGUCUACUUGGCCGUGCCGGGACUCUACCGCUCGGAAUUGGAGAGAAGACGUCACUUCCGCUUGGUGAAUCCCCAGUGUCCGCCGCCCGCCCCGCCCCUCGGCGGCCUAACGUUGACCCUCGACGACGCGGUGAGUCUAAGCCUCUGCGAGAUCGUGAACACGGACGACGUCGUCGCGGCUGCGGAGGAACCGCGCCGGCGGCGGCGACGCCCGCGGCCAACGACGGAAAACGGCAACGACGUCAGCGAGCUGGUGCAUGAAUACGCCGAUGAGGAGAAUUCGAAUGGCAGGGGACAAAUCAGGUACCUCAAAUGUCCCGCCGGCGUCACCGUCAGACAUUUGGUCAGACUUUUGGCCCUAAAACGUGGGUGGGGCGACGCCGAGGCUAAAUUACCCCUCAAGAGGAUCGAGAUGUUGUACGAAUAUCCUAAAGUCCAACCCUCGCUUCCCGACAAGAAUUAUACCGGUAAGCCGGAUAUGCGACCCCUCGAACUUUCCUGGACUCUACUCGACCUCGCGUGCAUCUUCAAGUGGGACAAGGAAAUCCCAAUGAAGUUGUACUACCGGGUAGUACAGCGAUCGGAAGAAACGAUACUCCAGCAGCAGUCAGGGGUACCGAUAUCACUAAGUUCCUAUAACAACACUGCCAACAACAAUAACAGUACAAUUGGAAACAAUUCAAACGUGAUGGAAAACGUCCAAAGACCGCCAACCCCACCGCCAAGUCCAAAGCAAUCGUCUAAUCCGGAAAUGAGAACGUCGGUGCAGCCACAACCCGCACAGUUAUCGAAUACGUCGAAGCCAAGGUGCAAACCGACGAUAAAAAGUCUCGAAAUAUUAAAACCGGUAAGCGGCGUGGUGAGAAAAGUCAGCGAAGAACGAACGGAGUCUGAAAUCCUCGUGGAAAAUACGGAAGAAACGGCUCCCGCAGUCGUGGCAAAGUCCUUAAAUCCGAUUUCGGUCGAGUUGCCCGCGCCGCCGCAGCAGCAGGAGCAGCAGCAGCAAUUGAUAGGCAGCUGCGGCGUGCAGGAAACGGUCGCCCAAUCGGUGGACGCGAACGGGUCUCCGGUGCCGAGUGGCGAGACGAACGGUGUAAAGAUAAAAAAGCCACGUUGCAAAGUUACGCCGGUGAUGCGAGCCCCGGGACUCCAGGGAAGCUGCAGCGCCGCGGGUACGGUAAAUUCUGGGGGAACGGAGAGCAACAAGAGCGGAAGAAAGUUGCCGAGGCUGGAGCACCACAAGCGGCGGAAACGACGGAACAAAAGAUUGAUUGCCGAGAUAACGACGACGCCGAGGGAAGACCUGCUCAAACUGAAAGUCCGACUGACUCCGUGCCCGCCUAGGAUCACAUCCAGCUCCGGAAGUGCCAAGGAGAAGCUGCUGCAGAUGAGAGCCGUACGCAGAGAGAAAAUCAAGACCGGGACCGAACGCCCCCAGACGCCGCCGCCCUCUCUGCCCCUGACACCGCCGCCGUCGGCCUCGAUCGACGGAUCGCCGAUACUCCUCGGAACCGCGACGACUAACAACGAAGAGACGGUCGUGGCUGAACAGCCCAGGAUUGCAAAGGACUCGGUUGCGAACGCAGCGUCCAGCGGAGAUCCUCUUCCGGCUCAACUGCAGGAGGAAACGAUCGAGGAAAUAAUAGACGGAAUACCGGAUGAGGUUGUCCGGGUUGCGCAGAUCAUGAAUAAGAGCAGCGGUGUGAAGCCAAUUGCCGCAGCGUCGCCGAUCGAGGAUCAGAAGAAGUGCUCCGGAGUUCAAGUUAUUACCGUCGAGGAUGAAGUUCAAGAGGUGCAGGAGUCGAAACAGCAUAAGAAGAAGGACGUGCAGGAGACUGCGAAGAAGAAAAGCAUCUUCAAGGUCGAGGAUCGUGACCAGCGCGAGGGGGUCGAGUCAGCAACGAGCGUGGUUGGAGUGUGCGAGAAACCCGAGGAGAAACCGAAGGACGAAGAAGUGCUGCGAAGACUCGGACUGGUGGCGAUAAGCGAAGCGAGCAAGACGCUUCAGGACAAGAUCCGCAACUCUCAAAGCAGCGGCGGCGGCGGCGGUGCCGGCGGAGGGAUAGACUAUCAUCGCGAGUCCUUGGAGAGACAGCUACGGGAGAGCAAAGCGAACCGGGUGCGAAGCCUGCUCGCUGAGAAGCAAAUGCGCGAUGCGCUGAAGAGCAUAAUGUCGAAGUCGAAGCCGGGGGGCCUGCAGGCGGGCUCGAGCAACGGGCCCAAGAAGGGGCCGCCGCCCCUGGCGCCGCUGACCCUGAAGCAGGGCUUCUCGGUGCCGCCGAAAAGCGCGCACCCGGUACAGACGAAGGUGAACCCUCACCACGUCGGGCUGAUCUCAUCGUCAGCUAGGAGCCGCGGCGCCGGUUCCAAGAUCGAAAAGCCCCUCGAUCUGAGCAGCGGGGCGAACAACGCUCUGGAUCUUUCGCCGACCCCGAGCUGCAGCAACCCGGUCAUAACGAGCACGACCUACUCGACCUCGCCUGCAGCUCCGCCGACGGCGAGCAAGCCGACGCCGACGACGACGGCCCGCGGAGUCGUUGGCGCCGACAAAUCGCCGGAGCGGGACGUCAAGAAGAAUCAGGAUCUGAAUUUGCGGACGCUUUCCGACGCCGCGGUAUCUCUCCUGAGGACCAGCCCUACUCAAGCCAGCGCCGCUCCCUGCAAUCCUACCCUCGAUCAUCAGGUGCAGAGAGUAACCGCCGCGAACAACUCGACGAACGUGCAAAGCAGCGGCAACAAGGUUGCUCUGCGCAUACCUCAGCCUCAUCAGAGAAUAUCCGGGUUCGGUAACGGGAUGAAAAUCAAACCGAACCUAGCUGUCAGGCACAUUCCAAAUCCUCAAGCCUUUGUCGCCUCGCAGUAUAACAGGAAUCAGAGGACGUCUACGGGCUUUUUUACCGCUCAACAACAGCCUCCUUAAUUAUCGCAGGAAUUUAUCCGGCAUCGUCCUUACAAACGAUAGACAGUCACAGUCCGACAUAUCCCCUGUACUUUUCCUCGUGCGUUUAGUUUUUUUUUGCAUUUGCAUUUGCAUUUGCAUUUGCUUUUCAGUAUAUUCGCAUGAUCCUUAUAUGCUUUGGACAAGGAAAUAUGUAUGCGCAACUUAUGUAUGACACCAGUUGUUACGAGUAUCCUUAUAUUAUUUAUGUAUAAUUACCGUGGCUCUAUAAACAUGAAACUGCAAUUUAAUUUUAUCACUGUACCGAAGCAGUGGUAUACGAAGCAAGGCGACGUAGACUAUAAUACUUAUAAUUCGUAUAUAGAACGAGAAGAAAUACACAUAUACAAGUAUAGUGUAUGCCUACCUGUAACACAUAUUAUACUAUAUACCUAUACCUAUACAAUAGAGACGUGUUUACGUGUAUAACUAUUCGUCUAUAUGUAUAAUAUAGAGAUGCCAAAGAAUGUCAAGAGAACGUGUGCAAUGUCGUAGUGCAAUCUAACUAUAAUUAGCAAUGAUAAUUGAAGAGAAAAGGAAGAGAAAAAAAACUUAGAAACAAAAAUUUCAAAAACAAAAAUACAAAAACAAACUAAUAUCCAAUGUUAUUAUUAUGUAAUAUGAUAUAUACAUAAAUGAAUACCAACAUAUAUUCCUAUUUAUAAAUCCUAUAUUGGUAUAAUGAUAUGCGAAAGCGCCUAUAUAAGUAUAAUGUCUAGUGUACACUGGAAAAUUUUAAUCCAUGCGUCAAUGAUUUAUUUAUUUUUUUUUCCAAGCCCAUAUGUUGCAGACUUGGUUUAUCCUUUGUUUCAAACCUGGUUUCGUAAUAUUCAUUAUAUGUUAUACAAACUCAACCGGAUCUUUGAUCCUCGUGCAUUUAUUGAUAUGUAUGGUAUACUUGAAACAUAAAGAAUUAUUUUGCGAAUUGCAAAACGCGUGAGAUAAACUUCAACAACAUAAAGAAAGUUAGUAAAUAGGAAAAUAAUAUGGAUUUUACUUUCACCGCAUGUUUGGAUGCAUAAUCAUCGAAUAGAAACCCUAAUAUGAAAAGAAUCGUGAAGGAAAAUUAAAUCCGAAAGAAAAAACAGAAAAACAAAUCUAAUGUACUUUAUAACAUGUCAAAUUUGAUUGGCUCUAAGUUUUGGGAUCCUGUUCUCAUAUUUCCCAAUAUUCUCGAAACAAUAUAUAAACUUACAGGUACGUACAUUGUACGUACAUCUACGUUAGGGUAGUCCUUACUUAGGGCUGGGAUUAAUUUUAUCAUUCAGCCCCCAAAUCGUCUCCAAAUAAUUCAAAACCAAUUUCCGAAUUGUUUCAGAUUUUUAUCUCCACUCUAACCCCUGCAUGUAAGAGGCUGGAUUUCCCCAUUUGAAAUACACGUGUUUCGGCUAUAUUCUUAGUAUAUAUUUUAUUGUACGGGUAUAAAUCUAAAAUAAAAGUGAUAUUUAGAUGGUGUGCAAUUCGUUUACAUUGCCAAGUAUGACGAUGCAAACUUUUUAUCAAAUAGUAUAAGCAUCAAAGCCUACGAAACGCUUGCAGUUAUAAAUUUUUCUGCAAAUUAUUACUCUUACAAUAAAAUAUUCACUGAGACUAUAGCCGAAAGGCGUUAUUUCGAAUGGGAAAAUCCACCCUCGUACAAGGCUGCAUGGGGUUAGCGUGGAAACAAAAAUGUGACAAAAUUAGGGAAUUGUUGAAUAAGAACCACCCUAAUCUACGUACAUGCUUUGAUGCAUCUGUAUGAUUAGAUUGAAGUACGAAUCCAUCAUUAGACUGUGGUGAAAGAAAUUUUUUCACUUUCGUAUAAUACACAAGAAUGGGUAAGCAAAAAAAAAUAAAAAAUAACCCGCGACUUCAAAAAAUUUAGAAAAGCAUGUAUGUGCGAUACAUGAUAGUAGUUACAGCGGUACAAUAGCGCAAAUUAUGAUUAAAAUAAUACCGAUAUAUCGAUACAAAAGUUGCAGUAUAAUAACAUAUUAUAAUAAGGUGCAGGGCAACGAGAAUAUUUUGUUACAGAGUAAAUUUGAAGUUCCACUUUCCGGAAACGUAUUAUAUACUUAUGAUAUACACGUUAUAAUAUCUACACAACCCGCGACCCAAGUUCCGUUUUAAAAUUUUUAUCACUAUGUAUUAAGGAAACCUAUCUAGAAUUUUUAGAAAGACGUACGUACGUGUGUACAUAUGCAUGUAAUGAUAAAUUAUUAUACCCUCCCGUUAAUGGGUGAGGUAAAAAGGUAUUAUACAUAAUGUAAUGAUUCUCCGUACCUACCAAACAUAUUGUGUGUGUUUAUAUAUACAUAUAUACACACACACGCACACACACAUGUAUAUAUAAUGAUAACAAUAAUAGUUAUUGCUGUUGUUGUUGUUGUUAUUAUUAUUAUUAUUAUGAUCAUUAUUGUUAUUAUUAUUAUUAUACAGGUAUUUUAUAAACUUGGCUAUACCUACUGCAGUAAUAUUCAAAAUAUUACCGAAUGUCUUUGUUUUGUUUAUUUACCAAUUUUUAUUCAUUGUUUUCUUUUUUAUUACCCUCUCCCUUUCCACUGUUUAAGUUGAACAAUUUUAAAUAUUGAUAUAUACGUAUAUACAUGUGUAUAUAUGUAUAUGUAUAUGUGUAUAUAUAUAUAUAUAUAUAUAUAUAUAUAUGAUAUAAAUAUUAAUAUACUCGUACAUUAGGGAGGUCCUUGAAAAGGUAAUUUUUAAAUUUCGACCGGCUGACCCCCCAUACCGGCUGCAAAUAAGUUUAAAAUAAUUCGCUCAUUUUUUCAAAUUCUUAUCUCAACUCUAACUCGUGCCAGCAAAAGGGUGGAUUUUAUUUUAUUUUUUUACCCUUUAACCCUUUCAGGGGCACGCUAAGUCUAAGGAAUGGAUACCGUUUAAAUUUGGCGUGCGGAGAUUCCUUGGAUCGCUGAUUACGAAUCUCGACUCAAAAUUACGAAACUCAAAAUGGCGGACCCAAUGUGACGGAUCAAAAUCUCACAAGUCACUUGAUAUUAACAUGUUGGAUCCACCGUUUCCAAUUUUGUAAUUUUUAGUUCAGAUUCGUAAUCAGCAACCCAAGAAACCCUCCUGUACCUAAUUUCAUCGAAAUCCGUUCAUUUAAUGUAGAUUUAAUGUGCCCUUGAACGGGUUAAAUAGGGAAAUCCACCCUCUUGCGGGCACGAGUUAGAGUCUAGAUAAAAAUCUGAAAGAAUUAGAGAAAUAUUUUUUCUUUAAUUACUUGGAAUCGAUUUGGGGGAUGGACUGAUAGAAAUUCAAAAAUGAACUUUUUCAGGACCAUCCUAAUAUACAUAUUAAUAUUGGGACGUUGAUAUUGUUGCCUAUUUAUGUUACAUUGUAUAAGGGUCUUUACGCGGUUAAGAGUAUUAAGUACCUUCAUAUAGUUGAUAGUUUGUUAUUAUUAUACUAUUAUUAUUACUAUUUAUCGGUUGCUUCUUUUGUUUGAUAGUCAACACCACCUCUGCCCCUUCUCCUCCUCCUCCUCCUCCUACUCCAACCAAGUCAUGCGUUAAUUCAUCGUCAGAAUCGUUUUUCGUUAAACAAAAAUAUAAUAUUAUACGCACGUACCUUCAUUAGAAUUUUAGAGUUAUUAUUGUAUAGUAAUUCUUAUAUACCUACAUAUGAAUUGUAAUAUGUAUCCGUUUGACGAACCAUUAUAUACAUAAUAAAAAUAUGAUUAAUACGUGUCUCAUGUAA